GACUCGCCAUUAUUCCAUUAAUGAGCUUGGGAAAAUCUUUUCUUCCUUGCAGAAGCAAUUGCGCCUCGCAUUGCUCCAAAAGAAGCGGAAGAGGACGCGAGCUACACGCCUCUUGCCCUCUUCGGCAACAACUCUUCUUCCCGAUGUCGACUUUACAUAAAGUUUAAAUGAAAUAUUGGGUUCCUAAAUUUGGGGAUUGGGAUGGAAGCAUUCCGUAUACACAAUAUUUUGAGGUUGCUCAAAAGGGUAAAAGGGGAAGCAAAACAAACAAUCAAAAUGAUCCCUGUGACAACCAUCAAGCAUUUUCUACCAACGCAACUGGUUUCUGCACAUUCACCUCGGUAAUCCCCAUAGGAGGACAAGUAGAGGAAUUAAUGGAUCUAACUACACAAUCAACCAUUCAUCCCUUCAUCCCUGUAAAAUGGACAAUGGUGGAUAUUCAUCUUCAGAUGUUUACUUCUGACAACCUGUGCAUAUAUUUAACUUGCGUAACUUGUGGGAUUGUUUACUACAAGAUCAACAAAGGUUCAGCUUUUCCUAAGUUUGGUGAGUGGGAUGAGAGUAAUCCUUCUUCAGCAGAUGGUUUUACUGGCAUAUUUAACAAAGUGAGGGAAGGUAAUCAGCUUAGUUCAGCUACAGUUCCUAACGUGUCUAGCGCUGAGACAUAUGCCAAUUACCAUGGAAGUACAGAUGAAUCCUUGGUAAGUUAAGUGGCAUGCUCUAAAUGUCAGAUACUUUCUUUAUAUUCAAUUAAGCUGAUGUUUACUGGAUACUAUCUAUUUGAUCUUUCUACCUUCAA